AUGGGACCCCCGAACCUGCCACGAUCUCGUCCUCAACCUAAGUCGGCCUUCAAACGAGUCCAAUCAAAACAGACUCGCGAUGUUGCUUUCGGCCCUCACAAGGACCGCAUCCAAAAGUUGUAUAUCCACGAGGAGCGACCCCUGAACUGGAUCAUGGACUAUAUGAAACGGGAGUAUGGCAUCAAUCUGUCUGUGAAACAAUACAAGAGUCAGUUGAAGACCUGGGGCCUCAGACACAAGCUCACCAAGCGUGAUGCCGCCUUCAUCUUGAGGUUGCUGAACCAAGCCCAGAGCGAGGGCCGCGAAGAGGUCGUCAUCUUCUCCGGGCACCCUCGACGACGAGAGGAUAUCGAAAAGUACCUCAAUAGGAAUGACAAGGUUGAGAAUGAAGAGGAGCUGCUGUCCUGCAUCACCGACGACGACAGGACGCCCGAUUAUAUCACUUUCCCUGUUGAGCCCCAGCAACCCAGCCCCUCCCACCUACCGCCAACACCUCCAUCCGCAAGCUCAUUUGGCUCCCUGGAGUCUCACGCCUCCUUGAGGCCCAUCUCCCCAAUGAGGGUCCCCAUCCCGUCGCCAGAGUCCAGUCCUCGACACUCAGGCGAAUUUUCGUACGAUCUCAACUAUGUGCCGGCGCCAUCAGAACACCAAUAUCGGGGUGAAGCAGUGCCUCUCAACUUCAACAUCAUCCGUGAGCAUAUGUCCGGGCAGCAGGCAGUCAUGACCCGCAGUCAGCCAGCCAUCCCGAACAUCCUAGGUCCUUUCUGGCGUGCUCAGCGAGAGCCGAUUCCGUCUGGCUGGUGCCGGCUGUGGGACAACAACGACCCGAGCAAGCAGUGGCCCGCUGACUUUACCAAUGCCGUGCUGUCUGCGACACCGGCUGUCAUUGAAGAGAUCAGCGACCUGGAUCUUGAUAUCUACCGGUUCGGCGACAAUACCCACAGCCGGCAGCUCAAUGACAAGAGCCUGUCGGCGGAUUUUGUCAUGUAUUGCCUGUACUGGUUGAUUUGUGCUGGCCAGAACCAGAAUGAUGCCAGGAUUCAAAACAAAACGGAAUGGUACUGGACCACUGCUCAGUUCAGUUUCUUGUGCAUGCUCACCAACGAGAGCUGCCCUGCCGGAGAAUGCCUGGGGGCGCUGAGCAUUGUAUCGGUGCUGUUCGACUGCUACGGCCAGUGGGAGCGGCUCUCAGAACUGCUGACCAAAUGCGACGAGUUGACCAAGAACCACUGCGGACUCGACAACCCUUUGACCAUGACCAUCGAGUUCAAAAAGAACAUGCUCAGUGGUGGUGCCGGUUGUCCGCCUCAUGAUAUUGCUCGCCUCUCCUACAUUGUGACUCAAAUGAGCAUUGGCUUCUCUGAAUCAUCCGCGCCCGCCCUGACUGCCAGGUAUAACAUGGCCUGGGCAAUGCUGGAGAAUGAGCUGAAAAAGGAAGUCAGGGCGCCCGAGAACUUUGAGCCUGCUCGAAGAGAGCUGCUUGACCUCACACGUCAGUGGGAGCAAUAUGGCGACGACCGCAUCGAGACCAUCAUGGCUGCCGCCACACUGGCCAGGGCCACCUUCUAUUGCGGCGAUGCUGAAGGGGCCGAGGCCAUCAUCGUCCAAUCUGUCUUGCCCCGCGUGCGGAAGAACUUCCCCGAGCAGCAUGCGUAUAGUUGGGAAGCAAAGCAUCGUCACGCGUUUUUCCUCUUCCAAUUGGCAAAGAGGGAGACGGGGGCGAGGAAGAGCAUCCAUCUGCAACUUGGUGAGCAGCUCCUGCGAGAAGUCGUGCGGAACAGACAUCGCAUUCUGGGCGAAUCCAACCCGAAGUCGACUCAUUCUUUCCAACUCCUUAGAGACAUCCUAAAAGCACAAGGCCGGAUGCUCGACGCAGAUACACUGUCCGAAUGGUGUGAGCGACAACAGUCACCCUAUGGGGUACACUGA